AUGUUCAAGAUCAUCACCGACAUUGUGUCUGAAGUAACACCCUCAGGGCAUUCAUCAAUCACGGCGCCAUUACACUCUCCAACUGACUCCCCCGAGGUGGACGACUAUUACACCGCACCCCCGCCGCAUUUCCCUGCUUCAGCGUCUGCUAGCUCUUCUGUUAGCCCGCCACCCUUCUCCGCACUCGACUUUGCUGUCAACACCAAUCAACCUAAGGUCACUGAAUCCGGACCAGCUUCCGCCCCAACCUUUGCGUCGCCGCCUGUUGAGGAGCCUCUUGAGCCGGCUCCCUCGUCGUCAGUCGUCGCAGACACCAAAGCGAGCUUCUCAGAACCCAAGGGUGACGGGCUUGGGAAAACAUCUGACGACGGUGAACCGCCGCCGCCAUACACCGAAGGCUAUAGUCCACUUGAGUCAUUUACCUACGUGAUGGCCGCAGCUGGAGGUGCCUCGAGCAUCAUUACCCAGGUUCAGCAGACAGGAGGACCACCUAUCAAUACACUAGGAGAUAUUGGCGGAGACGAGCAUAUCAUUCUCGACCUUCGGGGUAUCCGAUUUACACUGUCCCGCGAUGAACUGUUGACCUUGCCGGAGUUCGUGCUACUCUCUCUGUUCCCUAAUGGUCUCCUCCCCGACGGGAAUAUGGGCGGUUUCCACGAAGGCGACGUGUACCCGGUUGACUAUGAUCCCGCAUCACUUCAAUACAUGCUUGAUUUCUUCCGCACUGUUGCUCAAUCCAUUCCGUCCACGCAGCCUUCAGAAUCGACAUCUCCAGAGUUGGAAAUGGCAGAUGUAAUGCAAAACUCCGCGCGUGACAUGCUUCAGGAUCGUGCUGGGAUCAUCGUCCUCCGUGAGGAUCUUGAUUUUUACGUGAUUCCACCUCGACCAGAGAUUGGGCAUGACGAAAUGCUGGAGGUCAAGCGGGCCGCUGGUCGGGCGCUGUUGAACCAGGAUGGCAUUUUCUCUGGAUUGCGCAAGAGCGAGGAGCUGGGGUCUACUGAGCAGCACCUGAUUGAGAUGCUGACUGCUGGUGGAUUUGAUCGCGAGGACAAAUGGGGUCAUCGUGCUCCGGAACCGCACAAGGCCGUCAUUUGCAGUCUUGCUUUGGCCAAGCUUCGCACUGACAUCCGAGGCGAUCUUUCGAACAACAAUGCCGUUGGAAUGGCUCAAAAACUUCUUCUCUUCUGGAGAAAGCCCGCUCGUCGGUGUUGGUGGGAAGGCGUCGACCUGGAUAACGUUGAAGGUGUCGAUGGGCAAGUCAAGGUGUGGAUUCGACGAGUCUGGACUCUGGAAAUGAGUGUCAUUGGACUUCGUUGA